AUGGUGAAUGGUAAAAAGCUUACUGAGAAAUUGUCCGCCUUGGCCAAGAGAGUCUCCUCAGCACUAAAUGAUACUCAACUUGAAUCCAACAAAGGACACUUCAUUGUGUAUACAUCAGACGCAAAGAGGUUCAUGAUUCCUUUAUCGUACCUCGAAAGCUCUAUCUUCGUAGAACUAUUCAAGAUGUCUGAAGAUGAGUUUGGAUUGCCAAGUGAUGGGCCUAUCACAUUGCCUUGUGAUGCAGUGUUCAUGGAGUUUGCUCUAUCUUUGCUCAGAAGACGAGGGUCUAAAGCUAUGGAUAGAGUGUUGUUAGAUUCUGUAUUUAAGCAUUGCCAGUCUCCGUGCUCUUCAAGCACUGUAGGAUUUAGUCAACAAAUUGUAGGUUCCUGGUUUGAAAAGUUUAGACUUCAGAGGAGUAAAAAGGUUCAGGAGAGUUAUGUGUAA